GUUCGUGGCAUCUAUUGCCGCCUAAGCCUUAGUUACGAGCCGAUAUUCUGUACUUAUACUACCUGAUAUCCCCGAACUAUUCAGGAUCAACACUGGUUUAAGCUACCGUCGCAAUGGCCCAGCCCUAUACCGAUGCAGAGAGGCCCGGCUCUCUGGACGACAUUACUUUCCUCAACCUGACAUUCGAUUCAAGCCUCCCGAGGCCUGCUAUGUCCAACACUCCUGGCCAUGAAAUCCCGGCGCCGGACCUGUCCAAGCUGGGCUCACCAUACGACUGGUCGCCCUUCCAUAAAAGCUUCAUAACCUGGGUAUCCUGCAUUGCUACCCUCUUCGCCUCUUUCGCAGCCAGCUGCUACAGCCCCGGUGCCUCCCAGAUGUCCAGUGAAUGGCAUACCAGUGAGGUUGCAACGUUGGUCGGUAUUACUACCUUCUGCUGUGGAUUCGCAAUCGGACCCAUGUUUCUGGCCCCGUUCUCUGAGAUCACAGGGAGGAAGCCUGUGUUUGUGGCUACGGCGAUUCUGCUUAUAAUAUGCCAGCUGUGCUGCGCUGUCACCAGACUAUAUUCUGGAAUGCUAGUCGCUAGGUUCUUUGCCGGCAUCGGAGGCUCAACCUUUUCCACCAUGGUCGGCGGUAUUAUUGCAGACAUCUAUACGCCCCAGGAUCGCAAUGCACCGAUGACACUCUUCUCUGUUAGUGCGUUGUUUGGGACAGGUCUUGGUCCGCUCGUCUGCGGGUUUAUUGGGGAACAUACAACAUGGAGGUGGAUCUUCUAUAUCCAAAUCAUCAUAGCUGGAAUGAUCACCAUCUCUGUGAUUCUCUUCUUCCGCGAGACCCGCGGUACAGUUGUCCUUCGCCAGAGAGCCAAGGCGUUGAACAAGUACUACGAACACCUCGAGGCUUCCGGGUGUUCAGGGCUACAACCUUCCCCAGAAAAGCCGUUCCAGCGCAUUCGCUGGAAGGUAGCAGAGGACGAAGAGCGCGCCAGCCUAUCCACGAUGCUGAAGACAUCAGUCUCACGCCCGUUCCUCCUCCUCCUUACCGAGCCGGUGGUGUUCUUCUUCUCCCUCUGGGCUGCCUUCAGCUGGUCCGUUCUCUAUAUCAACCUCUCCGUGAUCCCGCUGGUAUUCCAAUCCACGUACAGAUUCAGUCUCUCCGAGGCCAACGCAAUUUUCACAGCGGCCUGCACAGGGAGCCUACUUGCCAUGGUCUUGUCCAUUAUCCAGGACCGGCUGGCGUCACGCCGCAAGGGCUGGAACUCGCUCCCCGAGCACCGGCUCUACUUCAGCUGUGUGGAGAGCAUUCUCCUCCCUAUCGGCCUGUUUAUGUUUGGCUGGACCUCCCAGUAUCAUGUUCACUGGAUUGUGCCCGCGAUCGCCGUGGCCAUUUCGACGAUGGGCAUCUUUGCUAUCUACUUGGCUGUCUUUAACUACCUUGCCGACACGUAUCAUCGAUACGCCAGCUCCGCGCUCGCGGCGCAGAGUUUCUGCCGGAAUAUGAUGGGUGGGAUCUUCCCGUUGGUGUCGAAGCAGUUGUUUAAUAAUUUGGGAUUUGGACCUGCUGCGAGUCUGCUUGGGGGGAUUGGCGCCGCCCUGACGCUGGUGCCGUGGUUGCUGGUGCUGUUUGGCAGCCAUAUUCGGUCGCGGAGUAGACUUGCUAGUGAGAUUAUGCAGUGAAGGGUUGCGUGUACUAUAUAGACCUUUAUAGAACAUAUAUACCUUUCUCUCCCUUUGUACAAGCUUUACGGAGUCUCGCUAUCGACAAAACCAGACCACGUCCUCAUGUAGUUGAUGAACGGCUCACUCAGCCCAGACCGUCUUAACCAGUCUGCUGUCACCGGCAAAACAGGCGUAGAAUACUUUCUAUCCCUACUUGUAUUCUCCGGAAAGCUCGGGUCCAAAACGGCCGCCUUGCC